AUGUCUGCCUCUCCUCCCUCGUGGAACGCUAUGUCCGAAGACGACCAGAAGGCUCUCCUCGACUGGUUCCAAACCUACAUCCAGGACUGUCCGUUCUCCAACCGGGUCAUGCUUGUGGCCACACAAAUCCUUUGCGUCUUGCCGGGUACGGCUGUGGCCUCCUCGGACGCAGGUGCUUCGUCGUCGGCUUCGGCUUCUUCUGCUGCUGCUGGCGCGUCGUCGUCCACGGCGGCCGAGGCUGAUCCGACUCUGCCUGAGGGUGCAAAGGCGGAGAUCCGUGCAGAGUCUUUCCUUGCUCUGCAGGGAAUUAUCUCGGCUGAAGAGACUGAUGCUCGGGAUGCGCUCAUUGAUGCCCUUGCCGAGCGUGUCGAGGAGGUCGAGGAUCGGCUGGAUGUCGUCCUCGAGCCCGGCACCGCCAUCCCGGUCCAGGAUGCCUCGGUGACCAUCCUAACGUCGACGAGUGCGACUACCGGGACCGAGCUCCCGCUGCGUGAGGUCGCAGCUCGUGAGGGCCACGUCUCGCUCAUCACGUUUGCCACGGCGCUCUCGCCCAUCGCGCUCGGCACUGUCCACGGCCUGGUUCAGUUUGUGGCCAAGGCCGCAGCCGAGUGGGACGGCAAGGUCGACGUGGUUUGCGUUUGGCUCGACGACCAGUUCAAGCCGGCCGAACUUGCCGAGCAGAUCGAGUCCAACGGGUGGGCCAUCGACGGCCUCACUCAUGUCUGGGCCGGCCCCGAUGGCCCGCAGUCGGACCUCGCUGAGGCCUUUGCCGUCACCCGCAUGCCGCUUUGCUUCCUCACCGACACCCAGGGCCGCCUUGCGUGGCAGGGUGUCUCGGGUGCACUCGACUUUGGUGUCGAGAUUGCUGCCCUCCUCGACGGCUCCGAGGCGCUGCUCGAGACGUGGAAGACCCAGUUCCACGCCUUUUCGGUCGCCGCCAUCGAGGACGCCGCCGACUGCGGAUGCUGCGGCGAUGAAGAGGCUGCGGCUCCCAAGACCGAGUCCGCGCCCGCCUGCGACGCGCCCAAGUGGAUGGACGCCGCUCCGACCGAGGACGUUCGCGUCGCCAAGCUCUGCGACAUGUUCAAGGCUGCGUCUGCCGCCGAGCUCGCCUUUGACUCGUUCAUCUCGCAGGUCGCCACCCUGGUCUCGGCUGACGGCGUGACCCACGACGCACGCGUCUCGGUUGCCGGCGAGUUCCCGUCGUCGGCCAAGGCGGAGCUUGACUCGGCCAUGGCGGCCAUGACCGACAUUGCCGGCUGCCGCAUCGACACUGCGCAGAUCACCAUGUUCGCCACGGCCGCGCCGCUCGACGUCGCCGCGGCCUGCUCGGCCUGCGCCAAGCCGUCGGCUGUCGAGGGCAGCGACGAGCCGGCCUUCACCUGCGUCCACUGCGCCGGCUCGUCUGAACCCAUCACCCUCUGCGCCAAGUGCUACUGGACGACGGCGCCGCACGAUCCGUCCCACACGUUUGUGGCCACCCUGCGUGGCCGGACCCAGCUCCACAGCAUGCGCCACGGCAACGGGACGCUGCUGCCGGAGAACCCGGCCGAUACCGACGACGUUGUCGAGGGCAUGCACGUCACCGUCCAGUGCGACGGAUGCGCCGUCAACCCGCUGGCUCUUGUGCGCUACAAGUGCGCACACUGCGAGGACUACGACCUGUGCGCCGACUGCCACGCCUCUUGGGCCGCCUCGGCCGACGGCGUCAUCUCCACGGAUGACGGCUUUACCUACGCUCACGCACCCGAGCACGCUUUCCUCGCCUACCGCGCCGACCAGCCGUCGUCGGCCUGA